UUGAUCGGCGCUUAGCACAGAAACGGAAGUGGCUGGAGAGAGCGAGAGCAGAGAGAAACUCGGGACUUGAAGGUCCGAUUAGCCGGAAUUUUGAAACUCCGAUUCACGUCCGGCGCAGUGGUUUCUGUUAUAGAAAUCAGAUUGCGUCACGGCCCCGGUUUUCGUUCACAAUUUAUUGGGGAUUAAUAUUGGAAUUCGGAUCAAGUUCAGGCUAGGGUUUCGUUCUUCUAUUCAAUUAGGCAUUUUGAUCGGGUUUUGUUGAAAAUAGGGGAAGGAUGUCGGCGGCGGAGGAGACAGGCACCAUGGACGAAGAGGUUUUGAGGCUCAAAGAGCAGCUUUCUCAAUGCGAGCUCCAAAGGGAGCUGCUCCAGACAGAGAAAGAGAGCUGGAUGGCCAAGGAGAGACUUGUCACGCAGGAAAAAGAAGCAGCAGAAGAAAAGCUCAGAGCUUUUAUAGAAGCGACUUCGAGUGCAAGAUCUGAAUUUGAAAAAAAAAGAAAGACACUCAAGGAGGCCUUGGAGACCAAGAAGAAGAGCGUGCAUCAGCUGCGUAAGGCUAUCAAAGAGUUUCUUGCUCGUCCUGAUGUGAGUUAUAUGGGAAAACAAACACCCGUCAUGGCGAAGUUUGAUGGAUUGAUUGCUGAAAUACGAAAGAAAAAAAUGUGCUUACAAGCAGAGACAGAUAAGGUGGACAAGCUACAUUCAGAGAUAUUGGAGAAACGGGACAAUUUAUUUGCUUUUCUUAAGACUUGUGUGAAAAAUUCAGAAAUCACUGACUAUGUAAAACCUGUGCUCCGACUCCACUAUGAUGCAUAUGUUGACACACUCAAGACUGAGGAUGAUGAUUGUGAAAUGUUAAGAAAGUAUGUGCAUUUUAUUCUGCAACCGUUUGUCAGGCUUGACUUUAAAUCUCCAAUUUCCGCUGCAAUGUCUAAAUUCUUCAACUUCUUUCUAACAAAGGAGUCCAACAAAGAUGCUGAGUGAAGCAUAAACAUCCUGUAAGAGAUGAUGACGAGUCUGAACAUCCUGACGAAGCCUCAAUAGGAAGGAAGCUUUUGGACUUUAUCAUAACAUAAAAAGAUGAGGACCUGUUUGGAGUAUGUUGACUCUAGAUGGAAGACAAGGCAGGGAGGACAUUGAGAACAUUGAACUUUCUCAUGACAUAAAAUUUUAGGAAUAUUAGAGAAUUGCAAUUCCAAGAAUUUUUUAGCUUUGGAACGUGUGGGGUAGUGAAAUUUUAGACAGAAGCAUGUCAGAGACCAGAUAUUGCAGGAAUAUUUUAGGUAGUGUGUGGGUAGGGAACAUUUGUGUGUCCUUGAUUAUAAUAAGACACUUCAAAAUGAUCACUUUUAUCAUUGGUCCUUAAAUGAAUUGUUUGGAUAAUUUUAAUUUUUU